AUGACUAACAGUGCCAAUUCCGGAGCUGAAAACACAACUGUGUUCAAUCACACCAACCCGUCAACCACCUUGAUCAAUAUCAACAUGGUCAAUGUUACUAAAAUCACACAUCUCAACUACGUGAUGUGGAGUAGGCAAAUCCAGGCACUUCUCGAGGGACAUGAACUCCAUGGCUUUCUCGAGGAAACCAAUGCCGCUCCUUCACCAACAAUAACGGUCGAUGGUCAAUCAGUCACCAAUCCCGAUCAUGCUCCUUGGAGACGCCAAGACAGGCUCCUAUACAGUGCCUUAAUCGGUGCGAUCUCUCUCCCCGUGCAAUCCGUGGUAUCUACAGCCACCACCACGUCAGAGAUCUGGUCUCUCCUUGCAACAACCUACGGCAAACCAACCCGAGGCCACAUCCGACAACUGAAACUUCAAAUCAAAACAUGUGUCAAAGGCACAAAAUCGAUUAGCGAAUACCUUCGCAUCAUCAAAGGAAAAGCCGAUGAUCUUGCACUACUUGGGAAGCCUGUCGAUCCAGAAGACUUUACUGAGCAAAUUCUUGCAGGUCUCAGUGAAGAUUACAAACCAGAAAUUGAUGCUAUCAAUGGCCGAGAUCUUCCGAUCUCCUUUGCCGAGCUCCAUGAGCGCCUCCUCAAUCGCGAGGCCAUGAUAAUGUGCAAGGAAGAAACAUCCUCUGUAGCUCCAAUCACUGCAAACGCAGCUGAUGUACGCCCACGUCAACAACAACACCAAACCAACUGGCGAAACAACAACUACAACAACAACAAUCGACAAUUCUCCAGUGGUGGUACCAACCACACCUCACGCCCAUACAAUGGUCGGUGUCAAGCGUGUGGGGAAAAAGGACACAGUGCGUGGAGCUGCACCUGCCCCGUCGCAGCGGUAUGCCCCACCUCCCAACAUGGCGUGGCAAUCAUUACACCCGACUCAAACAUGGCAACCAAGAGCCAACGUUGCAAUGCUUCCAAACUCUGA